CAAAAAAAAAAAAAAAUGGGUUCUCUAAAAGAACUUGUAGCCUUCAUAAUCAUUAUGUGUGCAACAAGUGUAACAACAAUGACCCUCGCUCAAAACGCCAUGGCUCCGGCUCCCGCUCCACCAAGUGCUGACAACCCAAAUACAACAGUGGUGUUACAUAACGGAGGUUCAGUGCCAAUGGUGUUCCAUUGUAUGUCAUUAGAGGUUGAUUUUAAAACUCGGAUAAUGAUGCCAGGUGGAACGUGGUCGUUCGAGUUCUUACCAAGUGUCUCUGGAGAUACAAAGUACGCUUGCAGUUUUGCCUGGAGACUCAAGUACCAUUUAUUCCGUAUCUACUGGCAAAGCAGAGACCAAGUAUCUGGACCUCAUGGUUGCAAAAGAUGCGAAUGGAAGUUACGCCCAGAAGGACCUUGCCAAAUCAACGAAAAGACUGGAAAAAUUGAUCAUUGUCCUCCUUGGGAUUCUCAAUUGUUUUGAAACAAUUUUACUAGUAAAACAUCUGCGUUGGGGAACAUUUUUGGGUGUUCUUAGAGUAAAAAUAUUAUGAAAAUAAUGUAAGAUCAUUAGUUUACAUCUUUUGUUAAGAAGUUGGU